AGCAUGAAUCCCGUGGGUGUAUGACAGCAUGUCAACGACUAAUCAAGCGCAAAUCCCCUAAAAUUAUAAUGCACGCUUUCUGAACGGACAAUUAACUCUUACACGUGUGAAAUCGACAGAAUGGCUUCGUGGUCGGAGAAAAUGCUACAACUCCUGCGUCGAAUGAAUAACUUUCAUCUACCAGGUUCUAGUUUAGAGAGCUGUCUACGUUUUGAGGUGGCUGGAGAACAGGUUGGAUGGAUUUCCCCAAAAGUUGCAUCAAUUCUUGGUCGCUUUCCUGCUGUCUUCAGACCAUAUGGAAGCGCUAUAACCUUCUGCUCUGGGCUGGACACAUUUGAGAGCAGAUCAGUGGCUGUGGAUGAGGUCUUGCAGGAGCUGAGGAGAGAGGCAUCAUUCACCUGUCUCAUAGGCUGGAGAGAUGAGGAUGAAUUUUAUUUUCAGCAAUAUGCUGUGAUGCCCAGGUAUUGCGACCCUCCGUUGAUGUAUAUGGAGAGAGCAGCUACAAGUCUGUUUGGAGUGAAACGAUACGGCGUCCAUGUCAACGGCUACACUCAGGAUUCAAGUGGCAACCUUAAUAUGUGGCUAGCACGACGAUCUCUGACCAAACAGACGUAUCCAGGAAGACUGGACAACAUGGCAGCUGGAGGACUGGCAGCAGGCUGUAGUGUAAGGCAUACCAUGGUUAAAGAGUGUGAAGAGGAGGCCUGCAUCCCUCCAGGCCUGGCAGAGCAAGCGCGUCCUGUGGGAACUGUGAGCUACACCUACGAAGAUGACGAAGGAAUAUUUCCUGAGUGUCAGUUUGUUUUCGAUUUAGAGCUGCCUCUCAAUUUUCAGCCUCACAUUGGAGACGGAGAAGUGCAAGCGUUUUACUACUAUCCAAUAGAGAAGGUGAAAGAUCUCCUGGUCAGUGAGGAGUUUAAGCCGAACUGUGCCAUGGUGGUUCUGGACUUCCUCAUCAGACAUGCCAUCAUUGAGCCAGACUCAGGUUUGUUACACAGUGGAGGUCAGAUAUCAGGUCACCUGGUAGAAUUUGAGAUUAGAAUUUGAUAGCAUGUAAUUUAUAUACUUUUAAAUGAUAAGUUUAACAUGAGAAAGGCUGUGACUUACGUUCUCUCAUUUCAGAGCCCUAUUAUCACGAAUUUGUGGCUGGAUUGCACAGAUCACUGUAAAAACUGACUGAUGGUGUUAAAGCCUGUGUCAACCUGCAACAGUUUGGUAUUUUUGUUAUCUACCUCUGCAUUUAACUCCUAACAUUGUCAGCAUGUGUACUUGUUUACUGAAGACCACAUCUAGCUGGUGAAGACAUUUUACAGUAUUUUACGCAAACAUAUAAAUAAAGACCCAAGCAAAGUUACCCUAUAAGAAUUUAUUUUUUCAAUACAUUUCAAAUGAGUCUGUGGAAAUCCAAAGAUGCACUGGUAUACAAAAGAUAAUUGAUGCAUCAAAGGCUCUUUUUCUUUUCUUACAAUGAAAUGCAGAACCUCUUCUAAGAAAUUACUUGCAUUUAAUAAUAUGGCAUUAAACAGCUCUCUCAAAAUCA